CGGUUCCGCUAGUGAAGUGCUGAUUGGAUGCAUACGACGCGCUGCAUAUCAUGAUAUCCUGGGAAAGACAUGGUACGCUCGUGCGACCGAGAUACGGGUGGAAAAGGAAGGCCUAGAUAUAAACAUGGUAAUUCCCCGGGGAUUUGGUUCUACAAAUUGCUCCAGGUACACAGAUUUUAGUAUUUUGCUCAGUCGAGCGUAAGCAACCUGCUGCUAACAUGGCGGAUGUGCCAGCACCAACCCCAAUCACUGAAUGGCCGGAUUAUGCUGUCGACCCUAACGGUGGAAAUGUUAUGACCACUGACCUCAACGCGCUCUACGACAAGGGCGACCUGUGCUGGAUGCUGGUUAGCACAGUACUAUGUUGGCAAAUCACACCUGCGAUCGGUUUCCUUUACGCAGGAAUGCACCGCCGGAAAGCAGCGCUUACCAUGAUCUUUCAAUCCCUUUUCUGCGCAUGCGCGGUAGGCAUCCAAUUCUGGGUGUACGGUUACUCCCUCUACCAGUCACAUACCACGGGUCCUUUCAUAGGAGAUUUGUCCAAAGCAGGUUUACACAACACUCUUGGCUCACCUUCGCUCGCGAAUGCGGAUAUCCCAGACAUCCUUUAUGCCGCCUUUGGUUUCACGUUUGUCACCUGCACCGCAAUGAUCUUGGCAGGAGCGAUGCUUGAGCGAGGGCGUCUAGGGCCGUCGAUGAUAUUCUUGCUCUGCUGGACCACUUUCGUGUACUACGUACUCGCAUAUGCGGAAUGGAAUCCUAGUGGUUGGCUUUACAAACUCGGAGUCCUCGAUUUUGCGGGUUCUGGUCCUGUGCAUAUUGCGUCUGGAUUUUCUGCUUUAGCAUGGGCGUUGAUGCUGGGCAAGCGUGUCGAUCCGCACAAGGAGUCGCAUCAUCCCAGGAUUCCGCACUUCAAGCCUCACAGCCCUUUUCUUGUUGGGCUCGGCACGAUAUUGAUCUGGUUCGGAUGGUUUGCGUUCAAUGGUGCCUCUGGUGCUAAUAUCACCAUUCGUUCUGUUUACAUCGUCUGCAAUACCAACCUCGCAGCCUGUGGCGGCGGUAUGGCAUGGGUCUUACUGGAGUAUAUAUUCACCCGCAAGUUCUCGAUUAUCGGCUUUUGCUCAGGCAUCAUCUCCGGCCUUGUCGGUAUCACGCCGGCCUGCGGAUUUGUUCCUGUCCAGACAUCGGCGCUGAUCGGUGCUCUCACUGCUUGCGGAUCCUUCUUCACAGUCCGAUACAAGUACCUCCUCGGCAUUGAUGAGGGUCUAGACAUCUUCGCCAUACAUGGUGUUGGCGGCUACAUCGGCGACAUCAUGACCGGUUUCUUCGCUGCGCCCUACGUACCCGCCAUGGACGGCGUAAGCAAUUUCUACGAGGGUGGCUGGUGGGCUCGGAACUGGAAACAAAUGGGAUACCAGCUGGCUGCUGCGACUACAUGCGCAGCAUGGUCAUUCGUCAUUUCGGCUAUCUUGCUGUUCAUCAUCAACAAAAUUCCUGGUUGUCAUAUUCGCGCGACCGAGGACGACGAGCUGAGGGGACUCGACUACAAAUAUUUUAGUGAUGCGGACGAAGACAUGAUGGUCUUGACCGGAUAUGGGCCUAGGACUCCUGGAUCAACAGCAUCGGGUGCUGCGAGUGGAUCCGAUAGUCAUCAAGACGUACCUGUUGUAACGGAGAAACAAGAUUGAUGGGGAGGAUGUCCGGAGAUGACGCUCUGUGCUACUCGUACAGGUCGGCGGCAUGCCUUAAUUUUCCACUCCCGCAACACUGGCCGCUCGUUUUCACUGGGUUCGAAAACAUCCUGCUAGAUCAUGCUCCUGUAUUUGUAUAUUGUUCCAGUCUUCUCGA